AUGUUGUUGGAGGAGGCGCAAAGAGGGGAGUACACAAGCGCGCAGGACGAGAAAGUUCUGCAGAGAAUUUUUGAGAGGAUCGACUUCAAGCGAGACAACAAGAUCGACAAGGAAGAGCUGGAGCACUGCUUGCGAACUCUGGGGUACGACCCUGUGAAAGUCAACCAGUACGGGAUUUCGGAGGUGGAGCAGAUGAUCUGGGAGGUGGAUGAAGACAGCGAUGGCUGUGUUAGUCUGGAUGAGUUCCACACCAUGUUUGUUCGCAACCGCAAUGACAGGACGGGGAGGGAGCCCAAGAAGCUGUACAACGUCUGCCAGUUCAUGACGUUGGACAGGGAUGGGGAUGGAUCUAUUUCGACAGAAGAGUGUAUGGAGAUGAUUAUCCAUCGCUUCGGAAGGCAGAAGUUGGAGGAAGUAUUUCAUAAUGGUAUGCACGAUCGAGAGAUCACUCUCUCCGACUUUCUGUUGCAAGUCAACAGGAACUACUCGAUGCCCGACAAGGGGAGAAAGAAAUCAGCGAGGAUGAAGGCAAACAGUCUAGCAAGGAUGCCUUCAAUCAGCAAGAGAUGA